UGCAGGUACUAAAUAAAAUAUGCUGUUGUCAAUAGGAAUGCUGAUGUUGUCUGCCACUCAGAUAUACACUAUUCUGACUGUUCAGUUAUUUGCGUUCCUGAAUCUUUUACCUGUGGAGGCAGAUAUUUUAGCAUAUAAUCUUGAAAAUGGAACCCAGACCUUUGAUGACCUACCUGCUAGGUUUGGCUACAGACUGCCAGCAGAAGGCUUGAAGGGAUUUCUAAUAAAUUCAAAACCAGAGAAUGCAUGUGAGCCUAUAGCCCCACCUCCACUGAGAGACAAUUCGUCCAGUGCUUUUAUUGUGUUAAUUCGAAGGCUUGAGUGCAACUUUGAUAUCAAGGUUUUAAAUGCACAGAGAGCUGGAUACAAGGCAGCUAUAGUUCACAAUGUUGAUUCUGAUGACCUCAUAAGCAUGGGAUCCAACGACAUUGAGGUUUUAAAAAAGAUUGACAUUCCUUCUGUCUUUAUUGGUGAGACGUCAGCUAAUUCUCUUAAAGAAGAAUUUACUUAUGAAAAGGGUGGCCAUGUUGUGUUAAUCCCAGAGUUCAGUCUUCCUUUGGAGUACUACUUAAUCCCUUUCUUAAUAAUAGUAGGGAUUUGUCUUAUUCUCAUCGUCAUAUUUAUGAUAACAAAAUUUGUGCAAGACAGACACAGAGCAAGAAGGAAUCGGCUUAGGAAGGAUCAGCUUAAGAAAAUUCCUGUACAUAAAUUUAAGAAAGGAGAUGAGUAUGAUGUAUGUGCCAUUUGUCUGGAUGAAUAUGAGGAUGGAGACAAGCUCAGAAUCCUUCCAUGUUCUCAUGCGUAUCACUGCAAGUGUGUGGACCCGUGGCUGACAAAAACAAAAAAAACAUGUCCUGUAUGUAAGCAGAAAGUGGUCCCUUCUCAGGGGGACUCUGACUCUGAAACAGACAGUAGUCAAGAAGAGAACGAAGUAUCUGAAAACACUCCCUUGCUUAGACCUUUAGCCUCAGUUAGUACUCAGUCAUUUGGGGCUCUGUCAGAAUCUCAUUCCCAUCAGAACAUGACUGAGUCCUCAGAAUAUGAGGAAGAUGACAAUGACAAUAUUGAUAGCAGUGAUGCAGAAAAUGGAACAAACGAAGAAAGUGUAGUGGUCCAACUACAGCCCAAUGAUGAAAGGGAGUACAGAGUGGCAAAUACUGUCUAAGAUUACUAAUGAUGAAUAGUGUACGAACAAAAGCGUUUUGAAGGUUAUACUUCACAAACCUUUACAUAGGGAAUCUCUUUUAAUCUCUAAUCCAUCUGGUUUCUUCAAUAGGAGCAGCAGUUCAUGUAGUAGUACUAUGGUUAAAUCAUUAGAGAUUUAUUUCUGAUACAGGUAUUCAGUCACACAUUCUGUCUUCUCAAAAUGAACAGUUUAACUGGACUUCACAAUGCUAAUAAAUAAUGUUAAUAGUUUAUAUCAAUAGAAAUUAUCACAGACUCUAAAUGUAUCUUGUUGAAAUGGGGUUUAUCUGGAAGUAAUUUUUCUCCAUUUUGUAGCUACAACCGGGUCAUAGUGGUAGCAAUAUUUAUUACAUGUAUGGUAUGUGUUACCCCUUAAGCCCAACAGAACAAUGUAUUUGCAUGUUUGUAUAGAGUUUUCCUAAAAACUGUCACCACUCUUGAAAGAAAAAUGUAGAACAGAUCGAUAUUCUGUAUGGUGGUAAUAUCAAAACAAAGCAGAAGAAAUUCCACUUUUAUCUCAAAGCAGAUUCCAAACAGUCCUUUGGAGUUUGCCACAGUAGCUGAGUUUAAGCAGUUCCAUUGAUCAAUUCCUAGCAUAAGGAAACUUAGAAUAUAUGUUUAGUUUUGAGCAAUUCACAAGAUCCGUCAUAAAUACAUUAGUUAUCCCUACUUGCUACUAUGAUGUAGUCUGGUUUC